AUGCCUCCUGCAGCCACCACUUUGUGUUACUACUUCCAUUUGCUCAAAUUGGAUAAGGAAACAUCAUGUGAGUACAGAGAUCUGCCAGAGGCUAUUCAAGCACCAGGUUGUGUACCAAUCCAUGGCCGGGAUCUCGUCGACCAAGCUCAAGAUAGAUCAACUCAACCUUACAGAUUCUUACUCCAACGUCUAAACAAAUUCUUCUCUGCUAAUGGGAUGCUUAUUAAUAGCUUCCUAGAAAUUGAAAAAGGCCCUAUAGAAGCAUUGACAGAAGAAGGAAGUGGCAACCCUGCGGUCUAUCCUGUUGGACCGAUUAUCCAAACAAGAACAGAAUCUGAUUAUAAUAGCAAUGGCAUGGAAUGUUUGACAUGGUUAGAUAAACAACAACCUUGUUCAGUUUUGUAUGUUUCUUUUGGGAGUGGUGGUACACUUUCACAGGAACAAAUUGUAGAGCUGUCUUUGGGUUUGGAAUUGAGUAAUCAUAAAUUCUUAUGGGUUUUCAGAGCACCAAGUAGUUCAGCUAGUGAUGCAUAUCUUUCAGCAGAGAAUGCUAUCGACCCUUGGCUUUUUUUACCAUCUGGGUUUUUGGAGAGAACCAAGGAGCAAGGAAUGGUUAUUCCAUCAUGGGCACCUCAGAUUCAAAUCCUUAGUCACAUAUCAGUUGGAGGGUUCUUUAGUCACUGUGGUUGGAAUUCAAUUCUUGAGAGUGUGAUGCAUGGUGUGCCACUAAUCACAUGGCCUCUGUUUUCUGAACAGAGAAUGAAUGCAGUUUUGCUGAGUGAGGGCCUGAAAGUAGGACUGAGGCCAAAAGUUCAUAAGAAUGACAUUGUGGAAAGGGUGCAAAUUUCUGAGUUGAUCAAGUGUCUCAUGGAAGGGGAAGAAGGCGAGGAAUUACGCAAAAGGAUCAAUGAAUUGAAAGAGGCUGCUAAUUCUGCACUUAAAGGAGAUGGAUCAUCUACAAAGACCAUUUCUCUGUUAGCAAAUAAGUUGAGAAAUUUGGCAUAG